CCGAGCUUGUAAGCGAGUGUCGAGCUGCAUAACACUGAGCCAUGCACUAGGAAGCGAGAAAACCUCCUGAGUUUUUGAGUGAUUGAUGUCGCCAAACAUAGUUUUGAAGGAUGAAUCGGGGCCGGGGAGUGAGAAAAAGAAUGGCACCAGAAAAAACAGAUGCCUUUGAAACUUGUAAUGAGGAAACACAAACAGAGAUUCACCAGCUAUUCAACAAGGUCAGAACUUAUGUUCCCCCUGCUGGAGGAGAAUGGACGUUGCCUGACCCAAGUGUGGUGCUCUGUGAUCCUCAUGUGAGUCACCCACGUUUACAGGCUCUGAAACAAUCUCUAAAUGAAGUGAAGAAUCAACUCAGUGAUAAAGACCUCUCAGUAUGGCACCAGCAUACGUGUUUCACCAACCGCGCAGGCACUGUUACAGCCCACCUUCGCUCCACAACCAACGCAGAGCUGUGCACCCAAGCUUGGGCCAAGUUCUAUGAGAUCCUAGGAACUUUUAAACUUCUGCCUGACAAUGCGUUGAAGAGUGGCGAGUUGAACUCCAUACACCUGUGUGAAGCCCCUGGUGCCUUCAUAUCAGCUCUAAAUCACUUCCUAAAGACAAGUGGCCUGCAUUGCGACUGGAACUGGAUUGCAAACACUCUAAAUCCAUACUACGAAGCCAACGGACGCGGUUGCACUAUUACAGAUGACAGACUCAUCGCACACACUCUGCCUUGGUGGUUCUUUGGAUCCGACAACACAGGUGACAUAAUGCUUCAGAAGCAUCUGCUGGAGCUGCCGAGAUUUGUGAGCAACAUGCGCAGUGUUGAUUUGGUUACAGCAGAUGGAAGCUUUGACUGUCAAGGGGACCCAGGGGAACAGGAGAGAUUAGUUGCUCCUCUACAAUAUUGCGAAGCCGUUUGUGCGCUUCUGCUGUUAGGAAGAGGAGGCUCAUUUGUCCUGAAGAUGUUCACACUGUUUGAGCACUCAUCUGUCUGUCUGCUGUAUCUCCUUGCAUGCUGCUUCCGUUCCGUGAACAUCUUCAAACCGGGCACCAGCAAGUCUGGAAAUUCAGAACUGUAUAUAGUGUGCUUGGACUAUCAGGCCAAAGAACAAAUUCGCCCAUUGCUCUCAAAGUUAAUCCGUAAUUACGGACCAGACUUGGCAUCCACAGCGGCGCUCUUUCCCCGUCGCUGCAUUCCAGACUCGUUUCUAAGUCAGCAUGAAGAGAUAUGCACUUUUUUCCAUGCACUGCAAGUUAACACAAUCCAAGAGAACCUUAAGCUUUUCACAAGCAUGAGCGUAGAACAGCGCAGGCAAUUGGAGCAGCUCAGGGAAUUUGCUGCAGAGUUUUAUAUGAAGCGUUUCAACGUUCACUACCUCCCUCGAAAAAACUGGGUUUGCCGUGGUGGCAUGGCUAGAUGGGUAAAACCCUGUGAAAGAAAGCAAAUGGGCUCUUUCAAUCAGCGCAAGGUGAUGGAACUACAGGGAUGGAAGCAGCGCCUUGCACAAGGAAGUUAUGGGCCGUUCGUAGAGAGGCAUUGCGUGGGAACAGAAGGAUGUGAGAAUGUACUUAGUGGCCCGUUGGAAGAAUGCGAUUUGGGAGCCUGGUUCGCCCUUGAGGGCGCUGCCCUCCCGAAAGUCUGCAGUUCCACCUUCUGUGAUCAGGACAUGCUAGACUUUCUGAAUGAAGCUCUGGAAGAGAACCUGAGGGUCAAAGCGGUGAACCGUUCUGAAAGAGCUUUGCCAGCAUGCAGCUCCUGCAGCAUUGACUCCCCUGUAGGCAUCUUAUCUGAGAUUUGCAGCCAUCCUGAUGUGACAUCUUGUUUGGUGCUGGGAAGCCCGCCUUGGUGUGAUGCCACACUUGUAGGGGUUAAACUGCAGCCGGAGUUUGUGCAAGGACCCUCCUGUUGUGAGGUACAGGAUUCAACGUUGCACGACGGACAAACAGACUAUCAAUUCGAGCUUCUGAACACAGUGCUUUUUGCUCUUCAGAAACAGCAUCAGGGAUCAACCCUGGUGAUUCCCUUAUGUUCUGUCUUAACACGCUUCACCUCCGGCCUGGUUUUCACACUUCACCUGUGCUUCCGUUACAUCACAUUCCGCUGCUCGUCUGGUUGGCCUCCUGCUGCUCUUGUGUGUAUAGGUUUCUCUCAGCCAGCAGCACUACCACGGCUGCUGGACUUUCUCCAGGAUGUGUUGGAGAAGAUGAAAAAGGUUAAACUUGAGAUGGGGAGGCAGAUUUUGCAGUUUGUACCUUUGGAAGAACUUCUCAGAGGGGAAUUACCUCGCUUCCUGUCUUCCUUUAAUACUGCUGUCAUUAGACAGCAGCUACAUGUGCUCAUGCAGGUUGAAUAGAACACAUAAUGCCUAUAUUCUCUAGAAGAACUUUUCAGUUAAACUACAAUCGAGUGUAAUCAUGUCUCAGUUUACUUCAAUUAAAGUCAUAGCCUCAGUAUGUAGGGUAUAUUGGAACACAGAAUUCCUUAGUUUUAUAUAUUUAUACUGGGAAAUCUUUCUUUAACCUUGAAUGUGCUGCAUAUGACUGUGAGGAUUUUUUUUUAGAUAUAUUUAUGUAACAGUAUGUGCAGUUCAGAAUGUUUAUUUUAAUAUUUAUGUUUCCUUAACUCUUUUUUUUAGUACUUGAAAUUAUAUGUUGCCUUGAUCAAUUUGUCUGUCUUGGCUCAUUUAUUAAAACCUCUUCUUUAAUGCACAUACGAAGUUUCUCAUGAAGUUCAGAGUUUAAGGUAUAAUUGGACUUAUGCACAUAUAUUAUGAAAUACAUCAUUGACAUUUGUGACCCUGGACCACAAAACCCGUUAUAAGAGUCAAAUUUUUGAAACUGAGAUUUAUACAUCAUCUGAAAGCAGAAUAAAUAAGCUUUCCAUUGACAAAUAUUUGGCCGAGAUACAAUUAUUUGAAAAUCUGGAAUCUGAGGGUGCAAGAAAAUAAGAAUAUUGAGAAAAUCGCCUUUCAAGUACUAAUCAAAAAUUAAGUUUUGAUAUAUUUACGGUAGAAAAUGUACAAAGUAUCUUCAUGGAACAUGAUCUUUAACAUCCUAAUGAUUUUUGGCAUAAAAGAAAAAUCAUUAAUUAGUGAUUUUAAUUAUGACCCAUACAAUGUAUUUUUGGCUAUUGCUGCAAAUAUACCCAUGCUACUUAUAACUGGUUUUGUGGUCCAGGGUCACAUUUGACGGCUGUGUGUGACUUUAUUUAUUAUGACCAUGUUGAAAGCUGAAAACCAGUUGUUAAUCUUUUGCAUUGUACAGCAUUGUUUUCCAACAAACGGGUGUUUAGGAGUUUUAUAUUAUAAAGGAUUAUAGCUGACAUCUUUAAUGCAACUCUUCUUAUUUUUGUUUUCUCAGCAAUUGUUGCAUGUUUUCUGCUUGUAAUGAAAAAAUGAUUUUAAUGAACAAAAUGUUUUGCAAAAAGUAAAGUAAAAAAAAGAGUUUAUAGCAAAUAUAAAAAUGCAUUGCAAAAAGUAAAAACUGAUUGUUCUAUUGCAGUGGGGCUAGUGAAAAUGUUGGCAGGUAAAAGUAUACUGGCCCAAA